AUGGCUCCGGCUAAAGUUGAUAGUUCUAAGAAGGGUGAUCCAAAGGCACAGGCCUUGAAAACUGCUAAGGCAGUUAAGUCUGGUCCUACCUUUAAGAAGAAAGCGAAGAAGAUCCGAACAUCUGUGACAUUCCAUAGGCCAAAGACAUUGAAGAAGGAUAGGAACCCUAAGUACCCUCGCAUUAGUGCGCCACCAAGGAACAAGCUUGACCACUAUCAGAUUCUGAAGUACCCUCUCACCACCGAGUCUGCUAUGAAGAAGAUUGAGGACAACAACACUUUGGUUUUCAUUGUUGACCUGCGUGCCGACAAGAAGAAGAUCAAGGAUGCAGUGAAGAAAAUGUAUGACAUUCAGGCCAAGAAAGUGAACACCUUGAUCAGGCCUGAUGGCACCAAGAAGGCUUAUGUCAGGUUGACCCCUGACUACGACGCAUUGGAUGUGGCAAACAAGAUCGGCAUUAUAUAA